AUGCCGACAGGGAGCUGCUUCUGCGGCAAUAUCAAGAUCGAGUACACUGGAGAGCCAGCCAUGACUGCGCUCUGCCACUGUGCCGACUGUCGCAAGAUCUCAGGUGGAAACUACUCGAACAACUUCGUCGUGCCGAGCUCCAAUUUCAAAAUCACUCAAGGAACCCCCAAGGAAAUCACCAAGACGGCGGACAGUGGAAAGUCCAUCACCAGCGGCUUUUGUCCUGACUGUGGCACCACGCUCUUCCGGUACGGCGACAGCUUCGGCGGUAUCGAUGGCAUGAGGAUCAUCAAAGCGGGUGUCUUGGACGACGUAAACCUCAUCAACGACACCAAACCUGGCGUUGAGUUGUUUGCGCCAGAGCGUAUCAAAUGGGUCCCCUCUCUGGAAGGCGCUGGCCAGAUUGAUGCAAUGCCGCCCUCUUGA